AUGACUACCGAAAAUAUCAAAUUAGGCGAGAGCCAAGCAGUCACCCAAGGAUUGAAACAGAUAGAUUACGACCAGAUUUGGGAAUGGAACAAAAUUGUCCCAGCUGCUAUCUGCACCCCGGUUCAAGACUUCAUCCAAAUCAACGUCGAGGCCCAUCCCAAUGCCCCGGCUGUGUGUUCGUGGGACGGCAACCUAACUUACGCGGAGCUGGAUGAUUUCUCUUCGCGUUUAGCAAAUGUGUUAAAAGAUCGAGGUGUUUGUUCUGAAGUCAUUGUGCCGUUAUGUUUUGAGAAGUCAGCCUGGACGAUCGUGGCUAUGCUCGCUACUAUCAAAGCCGGCGGCGCAUUCGUACUCCUCGAUGCGAAACAACCUGAAUCUCGUCUUCGAGAUAUUAUUUCCCUUACAAAGGCCAGCUUCAUGAUUUCUUCGCCGCAACAGCAGGCUUUAGCAUCCAAGCUCUUGCCCGACGUCAUUACUGUCUCUCAUAACAUUCUUUUGGCGAUGCCAAUGAGCGCAAGAGGCACUUCGGAGAUCGAUCCCGAGUCCACCCUCUUUGUGGUCUUUACAUCUGGAAGUACAGGCCUGCCGAAGGGCGUCAUGAGCUCUCAUAGAAGCUUUGUGUCAGGAGUCCACUAUCGAAAAUCAAUUCUGGAAGUGCCAUCUCCACGGGUCUUCGAUUUUGCUUCCUAUAGUUUUGAUGUCAGCACUGAUAUCAUUCUAUCCACACUGAUGAUCGGUGGGUGUAUCUGCGUGCCGAGUGAGUUGGAGCGACAAAAUGAUGUGGCCGGGGCGAUCAACCGUCUUGAAGUCAACUCAGCGGAUCUGACUCCGUCCGUGGCACGCCUGAUCGACCCCGACACGGUGCCUGGGCUCAAGAUUCUUAAGCUCGGUGGCGAGCUGAGCAGUGUUUCCGACGUCGCUCGAUGGGCCCCAAAGCUAAAGUUGGUCAACGUAUACGGGCCCUCCGAGUGUCUGCUUAUCGCCAUCAAUGUUUUGACUGAGGGAAGUGACCCGCGUACCAUUGGAAAGGGUCAUGGCGCGGUCACCUGGAUUGUUGACCCCGAAGAUCACGAUAAGCUUGUUCCCAUCGGAGCGACAGGAGAGCUCGUUGUUGAGGGCCCUAUCGUGACAAAAGGAUAUCUUCAUGAUCUGGAAAGGACAGCCAAAGUUUUUAUCGAAGCCCCAGAGUGGUUACAAAAGGGCCAGGAUAACGACCGAAGAUCCGGGCUGCUAUACAAAACUGGCGACCUCGUGCAUUACAAUCCGGAUGGAACUCUCAACUUCGUCGGUCGCAAAGACACCCAAGUCAAAGUCCGCGGACAAAGAGUUGAGCUCAGUGAAGUUGAGCAUCACAUUCAACAACAAGUUCUUGCACAUACAGGGAAACUUGUGAAUCCCGUCGUUGACCUGAUAACAGUGGGCGAAGCUCCAGGUCGUCCGACUCUUGUAGGAUUCCUUGAUUUGAGUCAAGUUGAGCUUGUGGAGCCAGAACAUGAACAGCAACUCCGACAAGCAAUGUGGGACCUGACUCAGGAUCUCAACAAAUCUCUUCUCAAGACUUUGCCCCAAUACAUGAUCCCUUCGGUAUAUAUUCCGAUCUGGAAAUUUCCUCUAAACGCAUCUGGCAAAACCGAUCGACGAAAAUUGAAAGAAACCGGAUCGUCAUAUUCACGUCAAGAAUUAGCGGCGCUUCGAUCACCUCCUUCAUUUGUGGCAAAGGGGGCUGCGACGGACAAAGUCCGGUCACCUCCACGCACUAUCACAGAACAGAGAAUUCAAAGAAUGUGGUCAGCUAUUUUGAAUCUCCAACCAUCUGAAAUUACCCGAGAAGACCACUUCUUCAAAUUAGGUGGGGACUCGCUCAAUGCUAUCCAGCUUGCAACUUUGGCGACCAGUAAGCAGCUUAGUCUUACAGUCGAGGCCAUAUUAACGAACCCAGUCUUGAGUCGCAUGGCGAUUGUUGCUAAGCCGCUUUAA